AGGUCAGGUCCCUUCCUGCUGAUACGCCGCUGCUUGCCGAAGCGCAUUGAAAGAACCCCGCCAUCCGGAGCAGUUGUGGGCAGGUGCAUGUAGCGGUACUCUCGGUGCAGCAGAAUUCUGGUCAGCUCUAUUGCGCCCGAUGUAGAAGGUCCAGUCCGGCGUCAUGCCCCGCACCUCGUUGUUUAGAGGCCUUGCCCUCCCUCAGACUGCUCGAAAGUUUGUUCCUACAACUCUCAAACCUCUCCCGUGUUGGCAAACCAUCUCACAAUCUCGCCGUCACUACCUUACUCCAGCUAUCAAAGCACACCAAGCUCGAAAAACCAAGAUGGCUCCUCAACUCGACGGCUACUUCAAGCAGGUCGAUGCCGACACCGACCACUUCAUCGAACGUCUCCGGAAGGCUGUUGCGAUCCCCUCCAUCUCAGCUGAUGUUGAGCGCCGUCCCGAUGUAGUCAAGAUGGGCGAGUGGCUCGCUGCUGAGCUGAAGGGCCUCGGUGCCUCUGUCGAGCUUCGAGAGCUCGGCGAGCAGCCUGACAUCCCUGGCUUGCAGCUGCCCCCCGUUGUAUUGGGAAGAUAUGGAAGCGACAAGAACAAGAGAACUAUCCUGGUCUACGGCCACUACGAUGUUCAGCCUGCUGAGAAGACUGAUGGCUGGGCGACCGAGCCUUUCGAGCUCUCCGUCGAUAAUAAGGGCAGAAUGUUCGGCCGUGGUUCCACAGACGACAAGGGACCCGUCCUCGGCUGGUUGAACGCCAUUGAAGCUCACCAAAAGGCCAACAUCGACUUCCCCGUCAACCUCCUCAUGUGCUUUGAGGGUAUGGAGGAGUACGGGUCCGAGGGUCUCGACGACCUUAUCAACGCCGAGGCCAAGAAAUUCUUCGCUGACGCCGACGCUGUUUGCAUUUCCGACAACUACUGGCUCGGAACCGAGAAGCCCUGCUUGACCUACGGUCUCCGUGGCUGCAACUACUACUCUGUCGAGAUCAAGGGCCCUGGCGCUGACCUGCACAGCGGUGUUUUUGGCGGCACUGCCCAAGAGCCCAUGACUGACUUGGUCCGCGUUCUCGGCUCUUUGGUCGACACCGACGGCAAGAUCCAGAUUCCUGGCAUCAUGGAGCAGGUUGCUCCUGUCACCAAGGAGGAGGAGACUCUAUACGAUGGCAUUGCCUUCACCAUGGAAACUCUUCACGAGUCUCUGGGCAGCACGACCACCAUCUACGAAGAUAAAAAGUCCACCCUCAUGGGAAGAUGGCGCUACCCCUCCCUCUCUGUACACGGUGUCGAGGGUGCCUUCUCUGCCCCUGGUGCGAAGACUGUCAUCCCGGCCAAGGUCACUGGCAAGUUCUCUAUCCGUACCGUGCCCAAUAUGGAGGAGGAGGCAACCAACGAGGCUGUCUACAAGUACAUCAACGAGCAAUUUGCGAAGCUCAAGAGCAAGAACUCCAUGAAGGUUUGGGCUCAGCACACCGGCAAGUGGUGGGUUGCGUCGCCCAAGCACUGGAACUUCUCGGCUGCCGCCAAGGCCACCGAGCGCGUCUGGGGCGUACAGCCUGACUUCACUCGUGAGGGUGGAAGUAUCCCUGUCACCCUGACCUUCGAGCAGGCCACCGGCAAGAACGUUCUUCUUCUGCCCAUGGGUAGCUCCACCGACGGUGCUCACUCCAUCAACGAGAAGCUGGACAAGCGCAACUACAUCGAGGGCAUCAAGCUCCUUGGUGCUUACCUGCACUACGUCGCUGAGGAGCCCACCGCAUAAUUGGACUGUGGAUUUGGUGAGGUCGCUAUGUCAGAGGGCAGCUAGGAACCGCGCUACCUACGAAAGCAUGCAGUCAGGUGCCCCGCCUUGCUGUGUAGCCACGGCGAGUCAAGCUCGGCUUACAGGCCGGCUGCUGAUGGCAUAUCAUACAUGCUGAGAGCGCUGCAAUUGGCUGUUAGCCAGAUGGAGAUUCAUAGCACAAAAUGCUCAUGGUUUUCGCUGCAGGAUUCAGAUCACAAUUCACGUAAUUCAAAUACCCAAACAUAUUC